AUGGACAAGGUUCCUGACGGUGAGGACAAGGUUCUUGACGGUGAGGAAAAGGUUCCUGACACUGACGACAAGGUUCCUGACGCUGAGGACAAGGUUCCUGACGCUGAGGACAAGGUUCCUGACGGUGAGGACAAUGUUCCUGACGCUGAGGAGAAGGUUCGUAACGCUGAGGACAAGGUUCCUGACGCUGAGGACAUGGUUCCUGAGGCUGAGGACAAGGUUCCUGACCCUGAGGACAAGGUUCCUGGCGCUGAGGACAAGGUUCCUGACUGUGAGGACAAGGUUCCUGACGCUGACGACAAGGUUCCUGACGGUGAGGACAAGGUUCCUGACGGUGAGGACAAGGUUCCUGACGGUGAGGACAAGGUUCCUGACGGUGAGGACAAGGUUCCUGACGGUGAGGACAAGGUUCCUGACGCUGAGGACAAGGUUCCUGACUGUGAGGACUAGGUUCCUGACGGUGAAGACAAGGUUCCUGACGGUGAGGACAAUGUUCCUGACGCUGAGGAGGUUUCUAACGCUGAAGAGAAGGUUCCUAACGCUGAGUACAAGGUUCCUAAAGUUGAGGACAUGGUUCCUGACAGUGAGGACAAGGUUCCUGACAGUAAGGACAAGGUUCCUGACAGUGAGGACAAGGUUCCUGACGGUAAGGAAAAGGUUCCUGACGGUGAGGACUAG